AGUGUUUCCGGGUCGCCGCGGCCCCGGGCUACUGGUCUCUGUCUCCUGCUGCCGGCCGGAGCUGCGAGAGCCCAGCCGGGCCUGGCUCCGGCGGCGGCCGCGGCUCCUUCUUGCUCCCCUCGGCCGGGGCGUCCUCGGCGGCAGUGCCGGGAGCAUUCUGCUGGUCCAGGCAGGCGACACGUCAAUGCUUUUAGCAAUGUCCCUGCCUCUAACUCAGAAGCCAUGGAGGAAAUAAGGUAGCCCCCGUCCCUGGAUCGGAUCGGAUGGGGAAGCCCAGUUCAAUGGAUGCGAAAUAUAAGGAUGACUUAUUUCGGAAGUACGUGCAGUUCCAUGAAGGCAAAGUGGACACCACCCCCAGCAAGCAGCGGCCUGGCAGUGAUGAGUCCCUGCGGGUGGCAGCCUCGACCCUGCUCAGCCUGCACAAGGUGGAUCCCUUUUAUCGAUUCCGGCUGAUCCAGUUCUAUGAGGUGGUGGAGAGCUCCCUGCGCUCGCUGAGCUCCUCCAGUCUGCGGGCUCUGCACUGUGCCUUCAGUGUGCUCGAAACGGUGGGUGUCAACCUUUUCCUCUACCCGUGGAAGAAGGAAUUCAGAAGCAUCAAGACCUACACGGGCCCCUUUGUUUAUUACGUCAAGUCCACAUUACUGGAAGAGGACAUCCGAGCCAUCCUGAAUUACAUGGGCUACGUGCCCGAGUUGGGGACUGCGUACAAGCUCAAAGAGCUGGUAGAGACCCUCCAAGUGAAGAUGGUCUCCUUUGAGCUCUUUCUGGCCAAGGUGGAGUGUGAACAGAUGCUGGAAAUCCACUCCCAAGUCAAGGACAAAGGCUACUCUGAGUUGGACGUGGUGAGCGAGCGCAGGAGCAGCGUGGAGGACGUGCGUGGCUGCUCAGACGCCCUGCGGCGGCGGGCCGAGGGCCGGGAGCACCUGACAACCUCCAUGGCCCGCGUGGUGCUCCAGAAGUCGGCCAGCGAGCGGGCAGCCAAGGACUACUACAAGCCCCGUGUGACCAAGCCCUCAAGGUCGGUGGACACCUACGACAAUUACUGGGAGAGCCGGAAGCCGCCCCUGAAGGCCUCGUUGAGCCUGCGGAAGGAGCCUGUGGCAGCAGACUUGGGGGACGACCUCAAGGACGAGAUCAUCCGCCCGUCCCCCUCGCUCCUGGCCAUGUCCAGCUCCCCCCACGGCAGCCCGGAUGACCUGCCGUCCCCCUCCCCCAACAAUGGCCUUGGCUUGCUGCGUGGCACGUACUUCUCCACUCAGGAGGAUGUGGAUCUGUACACAGACUCGGAGCCCAGGGCCACGUACCGAAGGCAGGAUGCCCUGCGGCCAGAUGUCUGGCUGGUCAGAAGUGACGCCCACCCCAUCUACCACAAGCGCUCGCCCCCCGCCAAAGAGUCCGCCCUCUCCAAGUGCCAAAACUGCGGUCUGUCCUGCAGCUCCUCCCUCUGCCAGCGCUGCGACAGCCUGCUCGCCUGCUCCCCGGCCUCCAAGCCCGGCGGCUUCCCCAGCAAGGCCUCCGCCCACGACAGCCUGGCCCACGGGUCAUCUCUGCGGGAGAAGUAUGCAGGCCAGCCGCACCUCCACUCGAAAUCCAAGCCCUCCCCUGCAGCCGCCUCCCGCUGUGGCUUCUGUGACCGCCCGGGGGCCGCCAACACCUGCACCCAGUGUUCAAAAGCCUCCUGCGACGCCUGCCUCAGCACCUACCAUUACGACCCCUGCUGCAAAAAGAGCGAGCUGCACAAGUUCAUGCCCAACAACCAGCUGAACUACAAGUCUGCCCAGUUCUCCCAUCUCGUGUACAGAUAGACUCGCCUUGCACCUCCCUGCUACAAGGGCUACACCACUGACCUUUCUGGUUUCCUGGGGAAGAAAUGUUAACGCGUUGAUCUCAGAAGCAGAGGCCUGCACUUGACCACGUGGUUGUGGGGGGGGCGGAUCGUGCGGCCGGCUGCCUCACGUGGGAGUUCCCGUAUCGACUCAGAUAUGUCAGCUGAUGGCUGCUUUGCCACCUGGCAAGAGAGACGGUGGCACUUGCAUUCAGAUUCAUUUUUGCUAAUCACUCCCUGUUCCGUUCUUUUGUUUUUGUCUCUCAAAGAGGAUUUCUAUCUCUGGGACUCUUGCCAUGCCGACCGCUCCCACGGCAAAGCCAACUUGGACUGGGAAGGGCCCUCCAGGUCCCCUCCAAAUGCCCACCUGGAGUGGUGAGCUAGAGGCCUGUUGGCUUGUGAAAUGAGCCCUCCUGCCACACCGGGCCUCAUCCACUGGCUCAUCCCUCCACCGCCCUUUCCCAAACACGAGGAUCCCCGGCGGCAGCCCCCCACCCAACUUCCCUGCCUCUCCACGUAUCGAAGGUGACCCGAGUCCAGGAUUCGCUUAAUGUCAUCCUGUUGCCUCCACAGUUCAGUUCAGCCUUGGGGUUUGUGAAGUUGGCUCUAGCGCUCUGAAGGGUGGACCUUCCACACUGGGACUGACUUUUCCCCCCUUUCUGUUGUUUGCACGUGCCUCUCUUACUCUACUGUAAAUAGAUAUUUUUGAGAUUUAUUUUUAAAUAAAUAUUCAACCUGC